AUGGAUACUUUCCAAGACUUGUCAAGCCUGGCACUUGAGUUCCAAGUUGAACCAACAGUCAAAUCUACUAGCGAACCUGAGGUGAUCAAAAAGCGAGAUCAGUUCAAGAAUGCCUGGCAAGAGUUAGCAGAUAUGACACUAGAUGAUAUUAGACGAAUGAUCUGGGGAUUGACUGUAACCCCGCGUUUGAUUGAAUGGAAGAAUUGUGUAUUGCCUGUUCAGAAGGCAGACCGGGAAACUGAACAGAGUGUAACGCCAUCGAUUCCAAGAGCUCUUUGCCCUCUCAAUAUUGUAUCUUACAGUGGUAUGCCCGCUGCAUUUUGGACUUGCUUUGAAAGCAGAAACGCAGUCGCUGCAUAUUAUCAUAACAUUGCUGUUGUGCCCAAGGACAUUCGACUCAAACACGGAAAUUUGCCAAUAGGAACACUUGAAACCUAUCGCCCUUCAAAAUUCUCAGACUUUUAUUCUAUAGAUAAACAGAUUCUUCAAUUCGAAAGCAUUCGCGAAGAGAUGUUUUCCUUUCCUUUGCAGCCAUCGGUUCCUUUCAAUCCAGAUCUAGAUAUCUUCAAUUUUAACCACCUCGACUUCGAUCCAUACGCGGAUUGGGAACACCCAGCGGAAGCUCUUCUUCUUCGCUCAAACGUUCCUCUGGCUGCGGGAUGGAGACCUUGGCGUUACGCGGAUCAGGUAAUGUUAAAUUACGUGAUUCAUCCUUGGGCUGUCAAGAGAGCUCAAAUCACACCAGAUUCAAGAUUUUGGUCGCAUAUGGAACACGAUUUUUCUAAAGACCCAAUCAUGCAAAUGGAUUCUGUAAUAUUUGUAGACUUCCUCUUUCAGGAUCUUGAUGAAUUCAUUGUUCGAGAUUUUGACUGUAUGCUUUACCACAAGUUUGACUUACCCAUAAAUCGAGAUAAUUGGAGAAGUUAUCUUCUAAGUAUGUUCAGAGUUGACGCCUCCCAUGAUGAAUUUGCAGCCGUGAGAGCAGGCUCCAAAUUCAAGAUACCAAAGGUCACGAUUCUGCCUGGUGCCAAGAUUUCAACAAGAUGCAAGCGUUGUAUUUGGGAACAGAUGGAGGCCCGGGAAGAUUUUGAAAACAGAAAACGUUUGAGGAACCGGAGGAAACGAUUUACGCUCAAAAUGCUUGAGCUAUAUGGCAAAGACCAGGAUUUGUGGGUCUACCCUCGACGCAACCGCCGCCGCCACCGUUAA